AUGACAUCCAAAUUUCGGGCCCACCGAGGGCCGUUGAGAUGCGCCCUAGAGACGUCGAAAGACGAGUCGAGAACAUGCACCUCCAGCGUUCAGCAAACUCCUUCGGGUCGCCCGACUUCAUGCCUCCUCCUGCUGCUCCUCUUCCUCCUGUUCAUGUGCCUGCCACCCCAGCCACAAGCGGUGCCGACCGGCUCCAACUCGCCGUCAAAACCGUCUCCUUCGCCGUUGCCGUUGCCGUUGCCGUUGCCGUCGCCAUCACCGUCGCCUUCCCCGUUGCCUGGAUCCGUGGCCGCCUGGAACACUUCGAUCAUGGCUGCCGUGGGCAUCGACUACUUGAGCACCCGAUGGUCGACUCGUCCGGUCGGGCCAAGGCUGGCUUCGUCGGAGCUGGGAGAGGAGAACGCCGACCUCUUCCCCGACGACUCCGCCAGACGAAGGGAUGACCGAGCGGACGACAGCAACGACAACGGCGGUGGAGUGAAGGAGCAUGGUGAAAGAGGAUCUGAGGCGGAAAUCGCUGUUGACGACGCCGACGAAGGCGGGAAAAGCGAUGCAGGCCGGUCUGGGAGGCUGGCUGAUGAGGACAGACAACUGUAUGGCGUUUAUCUCCCCGGCUCAAGCCUGCGAAAGCUGCAGGGCUAUAUUGUACAGGUGAGCAUGUCUGUAUGUCCUGUGCUGUCUGCAGGAGGGUGGCAAGCCGCCACCCGACGCGUCUAG